AGACAACCGAGAACUCAGCCUCGCGGUCUGGAAGCGCCCCUCAUGGCUGCCGUUAAAGGCGGCUCUUGUAGCCAUAUCGUGGACAUCUCGUCCUCUGCCAAAAGCCCCGCUGCUGGAAUGCUGCGAUGGAUCCCUUGUCCAUUGCAUCGUCCGCUGCAGGCAUCGCCGGUCUCUGUAUCAAAGUUUCCGGUAUACUCUACACCUUUAUAGACGACGCCCGAGGAGUCGACGAUAGCGUAGCCGGCCUAUGCGAAGAGAUCAAUGGCCUUCAACGCGCCCUCAAUGCAAUCGGCCAAUCCUGGAAGCAGAAUCCGCUGCUUGUGACUACACAAACAAAUGGAGAUCGGGAUCUAUGGAUUACUGUCCGAGGGUCGCUGGACGACUGCCAGAUUACGCUGGGAAAACUGGACAAGAGGCUCGUAGAGGUGCAGAAGACCAGCUUCUUGGGGAGAGGGUUCCUUCGGAAGCCAACGAUGUCGAUAAAGCUGAACAUGAUGAUGAAAGAUAUCACGGCCUUCCGGCAGCAGAUACAUUCCCAUAACAGUGCAAUGCAAUCCGCCUUCCAAAUGAUCAAUGUACUCCUGUUGCUUAAGAGCGGCUCGUCCCAGGAAUCAAUGUCUCGGGUCCUUGGAGACCUAAAAAUUCAAAUCGGCAGAGUAGAAGUUGCCGUUCAGUCUCGAAACGAUUCUUCCGAGCUACCUUCUUCCGAUGUGCAAGAGGAUAAUGAUCGCAUCUCACGUAACUUGAGACACUUUGUUCGUGUUGCAGAAUCAUUCCAUUUUAGUGCCAGCACAGUUGUAGGCGAAGGUACGGUGUGGGGCGGUUCUGUCUACGGCGAUCCAUUGAGCGAUGAUCAAGCCCAGCGCAUUGAAAACUGGAUACCACCCCCAACGAUUGAAGAAGAAGGAACAGAAGCCAAUGAAUCAGUCAGCGGCACGACCGAUGAUGCUGAGUUAGAAGACUCCGACCCGGAUUCCGAUAUGGAAAGGGACUUUGUCAAGAACUUCAAUGACCUCGCUAUAUCAAGUUUCACGGCUGGAGAUUAUCCGAAUGCUGAAAGAUUCUUCAGCAAAGUUGUAAGCCGUUCAACAGACGAACUACCAGGAGGAAUAUCCAAGAUUAGGUUGAUGCAAGCAUACGCGUAUGGCAAACAAGCACGAUGGAGAGACGCUGAAAAUGUUCUUGCUAGCCUCACUGCCCUUAAGAAAGUCAACGAGCCGAUGGCAUACGACGGCCUCCAUGCCCUAGCUCUACUCAAGCUCCAAGGCGACGCACAUGACGCCGCUAUACGAUACUGCAAGAAGGCGUUGAUGGGAAGGCGGAGGCUGGGUGGUAAAGAAAGUGCACCAUUUCAUGAAUCCAUGGCACUUCUCGCACUCAUCCACGAAAGAAAGGGUGACAUGGCUGAAGCUGAGGGCUGUCGCGGCUUCUUACCUGGAAACUACGAUGUCGAAGUUGACGCUGGGUUUCUCCAAUACCUGGCAAGG